CUCUCUCUUUCUCUCUCUAACUUCAACCUCUCCACCACAAACCUCCUUUUGGCUCUUAACGAUUUCAGUUCUCUUCAAGCUUCCUCCAGUUUAUAAUCAGACCUCUCUCUGUCUUUGCGUUUCACCCGCAACCCUUCUUUUUUUUCUGGCUGUUUAUGACCAGGUCUGCUGAUUCUCGCGGAAGCGCUUACUCAUGGGGAACACUCACGCCAGGAACCCGGCGGACCCGCCCCACGCGGCGGAGCUGAGCGCCUACGAGGCGGCCUGCAUGGCGGACGCCGACCUCCGUUCCUUCGACUCCAACCUCCGGACCCAGACCAGCCAUGCCAUCGAGGCGCUCGCUGCCGGCGUCGGGGUCCGAGCGCUGUCCUUCGACUCCCUCCGGGAGGUCACCGGGUGCCUCAUGGAGAUGAACCAGGAGGUGGUCCGGGUCAUCCUGGACUGCAAGCAGGACAUCUGGGGGACUCAGGAGCUGUUCGAGCUGGUGGAGGAAUACUUCGAGAACAGCCUCCAGACCCUCGACUUCCUCUCCGCCCUGGAUAAGUGCCUGAAGCACGCCCGCGACAGCCAGCUACUUAUUCUGAUCGCGCUGCAGCAGUUCGAGGGCGAGGACCGCCGGGCCGGAGGGGCCGACAGGUAUGCCAGGACGCUGGAGGAGCUGAAGAACUUCAAGGCUGCUGGUGACCCGUUCACCAAGGAGUUCUUCCGCAUCUUCCAGGCUGUCUACCGGAACCACGUCACCAUGCUCGAGAAGCUGCAGCUCCGGAAGAGCAAGCUCGACAAGAAGCUCAGGUACCUCCAUGCUUGGAGGAAGGUCUCGAGCAUGAUCUUCGCCGCGACUUUCGCCGUCAUCCUGAUCUGUUCUGUUGUUGCGGCCGCUGUGGCGCAACCACAUGUCGCGGGGGCUCUCGCCGCGGCGGCCUCCAUUCCUGUCUGCUCUGUGGGGAAGUGGAUCGACUCCCUGCUGAAGAACUAUGAGAACGCGGUGAAAGGGCAGAAGGAGACCAUCCUCGCGAUGCAGGUGGGGACGGGCUUGGUCAUCAGCGACCUGGAGAACAUCCGAGUUCUGGUCGACCGGCUGGAGAUCGAAAUCCAGUCGAUGCUGCAGAAUGCCGAGCUGGCGGUCGAGGAAGGCGAGGUGAAGAUUGGGGUAGAGGAGAUCAAGAAGAAGCUGAGCGCGUUCAUGAAGAACAUAGACCAGCUGGGGGUUCAGGCCGACAACUGCAGCCGCGACAUCCGGCGGGCGAGGACCGUGGUGCUUCAGAGGAUCAUCAAGAGUCCCAACCAGUGAAGGCCAGGAGCGGCGCUUCUUGUACUUUUAUUUCCGUCAUGAGUUGGAGAUUUUAAAGAUUGAUCAGGAGGACAAGCUCCAAGUGAUUAAAUUUAUGCAAACAAUCGACUAAUUUGGUAUUCAUCCCGUUUCGAUGUAGACUGCAGUAAUGCCCUCCAUUUGCAAGUACUUUCCUUCUUUAUUAACUAUUGUCAUCGUG